AUGGAAGAAGGGUAUGUCACUCACAUGGUCAAGGCUGCUGAUGUUUUGCAUUAUAUUACACAUUUCGAUGGUCACGGCAAUUCUACAUGUAUCUAUAUAGAGCAUACUUCAGAUAUCCAAGCUGUUACGACUGAUGAUAACUCAACCAUGUCACCCGUGGAGCAAGAGAAUGAAAAUAUAGGCCUUUUUUCAGUUGAUCCUGCAUUGGAAUCAUAUAAAGAUCACUUUAAAUACAGGAUGAAGAGGUAUUCUGAGCAGAAAAGGUUAAUUGAAACAUACGAAGGGAGCCUUGAGGAAUUUGCUCAAGGUUAUUUGAAAUUUGGAUUUAAUAGGGAAGAAGGUUGCAUAUUGUACAAUGAAUGGGCUCCCGCUGCACAGGAAGCAGAAGUAAUUGGUGAUUUCAAUGGAUGGAAUGGAUCCAACCACAGAAUGGAAAAGAAUCAAUUUGGUGUAUGGAGUAUCAGAAUUCCAGAUAACGGAGGGAACCCUGCCAUUCUACAUAAUUCGAGAGUCAAGUUCAGAUUCAAGCAUGGGAAUGGAGCUUGGGUUGAUAGAAUCCCUGCCUGGAUAAAGUUUGCAACUGUGGACCCUGGAAAAUUUGCUGCACCUUAUGAUGGUGUUUACUGGGAUCCUCCACCCUCAGAAAGGUAUCAAUUCAAAUACCCUCGACCUACAAAGCCCAAGUCUCCUCGAAUAUAUGAAGCACAUGUUGGAAUGAGCAGCUCAGAACCACGUAUAAAUUCAUAUAGAGAGUUUGCUGAUGAUAUUCUGCCUCGCAUUCAGGAAAAUAAUUACAACACUGUCCAGUUAAUGGCUGUUAUGGAGCAUUCAUACUAUGCAUCAUUUGGUUAUCAUGUUACCAACUUCUUUGCAGCAAGCAGUAGAUCUGGAAAUCCUGAGGAUCUGAAGUAUCUAAUUGAUAAGGCACACAGCUUAGGUCUGUGUGUAUUAAUGGAUGUCGUUCACAGCCAUGCAAGUAACAAUAUAACUGAUGGCCUGAAUGGAUUUGAUGUUGGGCAAAGCUCCCAAGAUUCGUACUUUCAUGCUGGGGAACGUGGCUAUCAUACAUUAUGGGACAGCAGACUGUUCAACUAUGCCAAUUGGGAAGUUCUUCGUUUUCUUUUAUCAAACCUGAGAUGGUGGAUGGAAGAGUUCAAAUUUGAUGGCUUUCGAUUUGAUGGAGUGACUUCUAUGUUGUAUCAUCACCAUGGGAUCAACAUGACAUUCACAGGGAACUAUAAUGAGUACUUCAGCGAGGCAACAGAUGUCGAUGCUGUGGUUUAUAUGAUGUUGGCUAAUGAUUUGAUUCACAAAAUCCUGCCUGAUGCUACUGUAAUUGCUGAAGAUGUUUCUGGAAUGCCUGGCCUCUGUCGGCCUGUCUCUGAGGGAGGUAUUGGUUUUGACUAUCGUUUAGCUAUGGCAAUCCCCGAUAAGUGGAUUGAUUAUUUGAAAAACAAAAAAGAAAAUGAAUGGUCCGUGAAAGAGAUCACUUGGAGUUUGACAAAUAGGAGAUACACUGAGAAGUGUGUGGCAUAUGCUGAGAGCCACGACCAGGCUAUUGUGGGUGACAAGACUAUUGCCUUUCUUCUUAUGGACAAAGACAUGUAUUCCAACAUGUCAUGUUUGAUGGAAGCCUCGCCAAUCGUUGAGGGAGGAAUAGCACUUCACAAGAUGAUACAUUUUAUAACUAUGGCAUUAGGAGGAGAAGGCUACCUCAAUUUCAUGGGGAAUGAGUUUGGUCAUCCUGAGUGGAUUGACUUUCCAAGAGAAGGCAAUGGCUGGAGUUACGAGAAAUGUAGGCGGCAGUGGGACCUUGUGGACACGGAUCACUUGCGAUAUAAGUUCAUGAAUGCUUUUGACAGGGCCAUGAAUUUAUUGGAUGAGAAAUUCUCUUUUCUUUCUUCAUCGAAACAAAUAGUUAGCAGCAUGGACGAGGAAGAGAAGGUUAUCGUGUUUGAACGUGGAGAUCUGGUAUUUGUGUUUAAUUUCCAUCCAGAUAAUACAUAUGAUGCGUACAAAGUUGGAUGUGACUUGCCUGGAAAAUAUAAAGUUGCUCUGGAUAGUGAUGCAUGGGAGUUUGGAGGGCUUGGACGGGUGGGACACGACGUGGAGCAUUUUACAUCUCCCGAGGGAAUACCUGGUGUUCCUGAAACCAAUUUCAAUAAUCGUCCAAAUUCCUUCAAAGUUCUCUCCCCAGCUCGCACAGCUGUGGUUUAUUACCGAGUUGAAGAACCAUUAGAACCGAGCAAUCUAGACAAUGAUGACAAGUCAGCUAGCAUCAGCUAUCCCAGUAUCAUAGAGAAUGAAGAGAAUGUUGAAGAAACGGAGGAAUCUUCUGGUGAAACUUCAGUCGGCUCCAGCGAGACAGAAGUUAUCUAG